AUGAGUGCGAAUAAGAGCACGCAGUUAGUCGAUGAAAAUUCUAUUGUAGCCGGAAGUGAAACGCAACAUGAUAAGACGAAUAAUGUAACAGAUAAUAAAGAAGCAGUGGACGUGAAGGAAGUGGAAUGUAAAGAAGACGUUGCUGACAAUAACAUAACGAGUACUGUUGAUUCAACUCCAAAUAUGCCUGAUAUAGUUCCGCCAAGUGGAAGUCGUAUGACUAUACCCGAAUCAUCAUCAGAUUUUAAAGAUUGGCUGGAGGGUAUAAAAAUGGUUGCACGACUGCCUGGUGGAAUGCCAGUUGAAUUCCGACGAAAGCUAUGGCUAUCAUUGGCUGAAAGAUAUUUGAAAAGACGCGGAGUUGAUUGGGAAAUUGAAAAAAUUAAAUGGUUUAGCGAUAAAUGUAGAGCAGAUGAUGAAGAAUUAGGCAUACAAAUUGUUAAAGAUUUACAUCGUACGGGCCAUAGUCUUUUGGCUGGUCCAUCUGGUGCUUUAAAUCAAGCCAAAUUAAAGAGGAUUUUAAUGGGAUAUACGAGAUGGAAUCCUGAAGUUGGUUAUUGCCAGGGCUUUAACAUGUUAGGUGCCAUAAUAUUACAAGUAAUGGAAAAGAAUGAAGUCGAUUCAAUAAAAGUGAUGAUUUUUCUUAUUGAAGGACUUUUGCCAAAUGGCUAUUUUUGUGGAUCACUUAUGGGUCUUCAAGUUGAUAUGGCCGUAUUUCGAGAACUGUUAGGAAACAAAUUACCAAAAUUAGCUAGACACUUACAAAAAUUACAAUAUUCAACUAAUGAGCCUUCUGUUGAGCCUCCACUUAUUAAUGUCUUCACGAUGCAAUGGUUUCUAACACUUUUUUGUAACUGCAUACCAAUGAUUGCUGUACUGAGGAUAUGGGAUCUCAUUAUGAUUGAGGGGAGUGAUGUGCUGUUACGUGCUGCAUUGGCGAUUUGGAAGAUGUUGGAAGACCGUAUACUACGAGAGGUACGCACAGCAGAUGAUUUUUAUUGUAAAAUGGAAACAUUGUCGGCUGAGUUGUUAGAUGAGAAUAAGAUUGACUCAAAUGUUUUGAUUCAACUAAUAAGUGACCUUGGAGCUAUUAAGGACUUACAGAAACUUCGUCAGAAGCAUUUAUCGUCAUUAUAUCAGGACCAGAAGCAGCUCAAAAUGAUUUACUCAAAAGUGCAAGGUGAAUCGGAGAGACUUGCUGUGGCGAAUGCAUGGCAAAGUAAUAGAACUCGUCGUGGCUCACAACCUCAACCACAGCGUGAGCCAUCAGACCGAGAGAAAAUAGCAUUAGAUAUAACAAUUUUAAAGAAGCAAUAUGAUAAAUUAAAGGAACGACAGAAGCAAGCACACAUAAUACUUACGUCAGCUGUGAGUAAACAGAAUUUACAAAAGCAUCAGCAACAGCCUCAAAAUGUUAAUAAACUGCUUGUGGGGAAGCAUGCUAUUAUUUCGAAAGGUAGACGCGGACCGCCUAAAGGUGCAAUUCCACCAGCACGUAAAGUUGUAAAGAGUCCAAAAGUACAUCAGACGAACAGCAUUGGUAAUAAAAAGGACGAUGAUACACAGCCAAGAAAGAAAACAGAUGAGAUGACGAGGCGAAAGAAUAGCUUAACAUGGAAGGAAAUAAAUGCCGAGUCACCUCGUAAGCGAAGCGAUUCAUCAUCAUAUAGUGAAAAUAGUGAUACAGAGUCAAGUACGAGUACGAGUUUAUGUGAUGAUGAGAACAACAUUCCAUCCCUUGACUCGACGCCCGUUAAAAAGAAGCGACAUAAAGACGAGAAUAAUAAAAGUAGUAGUUGUGCCAAAAGUGUUCCGACAGCCACGACAUUAAGUGAAAUAAAAAGCUGUCCCGAAAUUGCACUCGAGUGUGUCGAUGAUCACAUAAAACAGCAUAGACUGGUAAUCGAGGAGGAGGAUGAAACUUUAAGUGAUUCAAAUCGAAGCCACUCGAAAUUUCACCUCGAUUUGUCACCUGAUAUUGAAGGCAUUAGUAGUAUUAGUCAGCUUUCACCGCUACCCGAUAUAUCAACAUAUUUUACUGCCAUUAGUCCCAUAAAAACCCCAUGCAAUUAUUUCGAAUUUCCUGAUUUUAGUAGUUUUAAUAUUGGCAGUUCCAAUGAGAAUGUUAGUGACAAAUAUGCUGUAAACGAGCAAGGAGUAACGAAUGAAUUUUUUGAACGUGUUACGUCUUCCAGUGUCUUUAAUAUGCUCCCAUCCCAUGUAUCAUAUGACAUGUCUUACAAUCAUUUACCAAUACAAAUGAGACAUUCAUAUCCAUCGGAAAGAGGAAUGGAAUCGGAUUUAAAUGAGACAUCAAGAUCGUUUGAUAUAGAUGAGCAGCAACAACAACAACAACCACAGAGAAUGUCAGCGUCUCAUUCGCCUCAAUCUAUGAAUGACAUUAUAAGUAAGGAUAUGAAAUGUCUGAAGCAUGUCAAUCAAAAGUCAUUUUCAAUGGAGGAACCGAUGGGACAGCAAAGUGAUGUUGUGAAAUUAAAUCGUUCAUUCUCAGACGGAACAAUCAUGGAAUGUGAUGAUUUAGAGAAGAUUAUAGCUGAAAAUUCCAAAAUAUUAAUAAAACUUAAAGCUCUGCCAGACUCGAUGGAAAGCCUUAAGAUGAUUGAGCCAAUUUUAGAAGAAAUGACAAAGUCAUCAAGCAGCUCAUCAGUGUGUGAAGAAAUAGCCGCAAUUGACAUCGAAGAGCCGUCAGUAAAUGAGGACGGUAUCUUUUUGUCCGAGAUCAAUGAUAUCGCUAAUAUCGAGCAACAACUAAAGUCUCGAAACUCCAACUCAUGCGCAUAUUAUGACACAACAAAACCUUCCGCAACAUUGCCGUUAGUAUGCAAUGCAACAACACAUGAUGAUGAAAAUGUUGUCGUCGUGAGCACAUCUCAUAGUACAUCCGAUGACGUCACAUUGCAAAAUGAAAAAUCGAUGAAUGAAGAUAAAAAUAGCGAUGCGCUGGUAACACAACAAACUUGCAAUAAUCACAAUGCUACUACGAGCGAUACCUCAUCGUUAUUUGCUCAAAAGUCCUUGCCAUUGAAAGAUGUGAAUGAAAAAAGUAGCAGGAGCAGUGAGGAAAUUUUAUCGCCUAAAUUUAAUGAAAUAUCAGCAUUAGUUGAUAAAUUAAAGAAAAAAGUGAUGGACAGUGAGACAAUUGUGACUGAAAAUGAGGUGAAGGACAGUGUGAUAAGUGAUAAUAAGGAAGUGAAUGAUAAUAAAAGUAGUAAUGAUGUAGAACAAGUAAAUACGGAACCAAAAUCAAUUAAUGUUACAAUUACAAUAAACAAGGACGUCGUCGAGAAUAGUAAGAAGGAACUUGACACAAAAAGUCAUGACCUUGAAAAAAUACCCACCGAGGAUAGUUCUGCGGCAGUGCAAAAAAUCGAUAAUAUAAAUUCAAAUUCGGAUUUGGUGUUGGCAAAACUUAAUACGCAGUUGGAAAAGUGCCAACAGCCAGCCACUAAUGAUAAUAAGAAUAAUGUCGAGAAAGUCGUUGAUGAUGUUGUGAAUGUCAAGUCGACAGUUACGAAUGGCACGAGUGAGAAUGUAGUAACGAAACAAGAAACGUCUGUGAAAGUUGUAAUGCAUCAGCAAACAGCUGUUAAUUCUACAGGCAUGCAAGAAGCAAGUAAAAAAAUUGCGGCCAGACAGGAAACAAGUGAAAGAGUUGAAGUCAGACAUGAAUCAAGUGAAAGAGUGCCAGCCAGACAGGAAACAAGUGAAAAAGCUUCUGCCAGACAAGAAACAAGUGAAAGAGUUGCAUCCAGACAGGAAGCUAGUGAAAGAGUUACAGUUAGACAUGAAUUAAAUGAAAAAGCUGCAGUCAAGGUUGAAGUAGUUCCAGUUAAGCAAGAAGUGACAGAAAAGGAUUCAAAUAAAAUCAUUGAAAAGCUCAACAAACAAUUGCAAAGGUAUGAAGAAAAGCCAUCCAAAUCCCCAUUGGGACAUCGCCUUACAAGUGUCGUAUCACGUAGUCCAUCAAGUGAGCGAUCAAACGAUUAUAAACGUGAGCUCGAAGCUCUUAUAAAGGAACGUGAGCUCGAGAAGAGUCAAAAGUACCGAAGUGACUUGAGUCCAUCUAAAUCAAAUCAUACGAUUUAUGAUCAUGAGCCACGCAAUGAAAUACGCAGACGUGACAUAAUUGCAUCAUUGGAAACGGAUCAAAGGAUUCGGAGACCAUUUAAGUCGAGUCCCUCGAGCAGUCUUUCAUCAUCACCAAGCAAUAUAUCAAGUACAUUAUCAUCCAUACAAAAUACAAUUAAGUCACUCGAUUCCGCAUGUCAGCGGUCGGAAAUUUAUAAUUAUAAGAAGCUGGAUAAGGCAAUGGAAAGUAUUGAGAAAAUGUGCGAAACUGACCGUGAAUGGCAAUAUUAUAAACGUAUUAAGACUUACGAAUCUCCACCGUCAUUUAAGAUUGAUAUUGAUGAUAUUUUAUCGACGAAAUCCCCACGAAAUUAUCUUACUGAUGAUAUAUUGUUGGAUUCACCAACCUAUAGUCCUCGGUACGAAAGUGAGCCUUCCAAAAAAGCGAAAACACCAGAACUUGAUCCAAAUUACAUUGCGAAAUUGCGAUGCUUGUCUACCGAGGAUUAUAUUGCUGGCAGGAAGUCGCCAUUGAGUUUAAGUCCAAGUCGUGAAUCUAAACUUACAACUGAUCGUUACUCGCGCAUCGAUCGCUCACCAACAUCACCAAUUUUAUCAUCAAUGAGAUUCCUUAAGUCACCAACCAGUGACAGAGCUUCAAAGUCUGCAGAAAAUUCACCAUCUAGGUACGGUGAAGAACCAAGCACGCGUUCACGCUACGCAACGUCCACAAGCUCAACCAAUUUGAAAGGAGCUGAAAGCUACACUAAUUUGAGCUAUAAAGCAACGUCAAUGACUGACAAAAGUAGAAAGUAUUAUGAUGAAUUUGAUUGGGAAAAGACUUCAAACAGCAGCAUAAGUAGUAAUAGUGUUAAUCGACGGAAGUAUGACAUUUAAAGUGUAUUUGGUGGCUACUAUUAGAUAGAAUAUGAAUUGGCAUCAAAAGCAAGCAAAUGAAAUGCAGGUAUGACGUAAAUCAAUCGUAAAAUGGACGAGAUGUGAAAAAAAUAUCAAUUUUUAAAAAUCGAAAUCCAAUUUCCUUAAGAAAUCUUAUUCCUACCUAUAAAGAAUAACUUUUUCGUCCGUCUCAAAUUCUUCUCUCAACAGUCAAAUUCUAUAGCUUAUAAAAAUUUAUAUAAGGCUUUCUUCAAAGGUCACAAUUAGAAAACAAAGAAUGUAAGAAGAGUCGAUUCCAUGUUUGGAAAUAUUUUCUUAUUAUUGUAGCAUAAACUCACUCAAAUUCUCUUCCUAUUCUUCUCUCUGUGUAAAAAAAUUUCAAUCGAAUUCUUUAGCUUAGAUUUUUCGCAAAAUAAGACAGAAAAUAAUAUGCUUUGUGGCUAAAGCAGUGGUGUCUUGAGUAUAUUUUUAAAUUGUAAGAUGAUGUAACGAACAAAUCAAUUAGAUCUAGGAACAUUGCUUCUAGUCUGAGAGUGUGGGCAACAGUGAAGCCUGAGAAUGGUUUUGGGUGUCAAUUUGAAGAUUUGUUAUAUCUUUCUGUACAACAAAGUCACAAUCAAUAGCAGGGGUGUAGCCAGAAAAUUUUUAAGGGGGGGGGCCCAUUUUCGAAAAUUAAAAAACCGUUAUUUUGUAUCCUUUAAUCUAUAUUCAUUCUUCAUAAAUUUAAAUAUUUAAUUCAUUAUUCAUACAUUAAAUUUAAUUUUUCGUGCUGAUUUUGACAUUUCUUUCAUUUUUUCCUCUACAUUAACUGGUUCUUCUCUAUAAAUACUUAAUAAAACAAUUAUCAGAUUUUCGUAGGGGGGCUAGGGCCUUCAUGGCCCCCCCUGGCUACGCCCCUGAUCAAUAGGUAUUAGUGGUGUCUGAGCAUACUGAACAGAUUGGAUAUUUGUUACCCUCUUUUGUGAGAACGUGAGUUCAAUUCCCACCAGAGAACAGUCUCUCAAUCCAUUACAUAGUGUGUGGUCGAUAUGACAAAGAUUUGCACAAUACUCAAAUACAAAAACAAAAACAUUCUGAAAGAUCCACAAAGAUGUGGGUGUUCAUCGUAGUGAACUGGAAUUUAACUACGCAAUUGCAUUUUCAUGACGUCUGAUAUUGCUACAUAGUUUCCAAGGUGAUUGUGCAAGCAUCACUUUGAAAAAUUUGAAGUAAAACUGAGUGCUUUACAUACUCGAAACACAAAGUAGGAAAAGGAUUUAAUUAAUCUAUAAAGACAUAACAUAAAGUGUGAAUCUAUUAAAAACAUGGAUUCAAAAUCGAUCCCCUGAAUCUAUUGGCUAAAGAUCUAUAUCUCAAUUGACAUAUGAGUUUAUGUUGUCUAGUUAAUAGCUAGACUUACCAUCAACCAAUAACAUACUUUCUGUAAACCUCUUUAAAUUUGUUACUAGCUGCAUGGGUCUUCAAGCUAUUAACUAGACAUCAUGUCAAAUGUUCUCCCGAGCAAAAACAAAAUGAUUUUUGAAUUCUUUUUAAAUUCUAUUUUCGCUAUUCUUUAUUUGGUACCACUUAUAUGCAGAUGACAUAAAAACAUCUGCAUCAUAUGUGUAAAGCUCAGAUAGAAAUUUCCAAACAUCCUUGAAAGAUAGAAAACAUAAAGUUUGUUUUAAAAAUCACAGAAGCUUGUCAGAAACUUUGUCAUCAAAAAGUGCAUCUUCUCCAUAUCAAUUUCUAGAAAAGUCUUGGACACUUCUGCUGCAGCAUAAAUCACAAAAAUAAAUAGAAACAUUGUAAGAAAAAAUUCUACUUCAUGCUAUCAUUUAAUCCUUUUAAAUGCUAUUGAUAAAUCAAUAUGGAAAAAGUUUUGUGGAAAAUAAAAAUUGUGCAACUUUGCUUAAAACAAAAAAAAACAAGAAUGAAGAAAAAAUUAAAAUCAUAGUUUUUGAUGUAGUUGCCUGAUGUUGAGUACAAUUAUGCCAGCGGAAAGAUUGAAGAAACUGAUAUAACAAAAUAUAUAUAUUUACAAAAUGUGAAAUUUUGGAGCUUUUUAUGAUGAAUUAUUGGUUUCAUAAUUGGAAAUGUGAGGGAUAUAAAUAAUGAGAUAGGAUAUGAAAUUGAAGAAAAAAAGUUCAUGACAUUUGAGUGCAUUUUUAAAUGAUUUAUUGAGGAUGUACAGCAAUAGGGUGCAGCUAUCAUGACUUGAAAUUUAUAUCAGUAUGGACCCAACAUUCUUAAACGGUGUCGCAACCUUUAGCUAUGCCAAACUUAAUUUAAAACCUCUCUAUAGUCCCUAAAGACAUCCUAAAACUCUGAAGUAUUGUCCAAAAACACUGCAUACAUCCUAGCAGACGCAAAAACAGAUUGAUGAUGCAAACAAGGUCAACUUUAUUUACAAUUCAUGCAGUAUCGUUUCAUUGCAUGCUAUUGAUUUGCUUUAUGUCAUAUAACUGACGUGCAAUUGAAAUUGUAUGAAUUUUUCAUUAGGUUGAUGUCGUUAGGGACAAUUUGCGUGUGCUGCAGUACAAAAUAAUUCGAUUAUGUUAUUUUGCUUUGAAAAAUAUUUUU